AUGGCGCCCAAAUUCGACCCCAGCGAAGUCAAAUACAUUUACAUCCGCCAGGUUGGCGGUGAAGUCGGGGCAUCCUCGGUCCUCGCUCCCAAGCUCGGUCCGCUUGGUAUGUCGCCGAAGAAGGUCGGUGAUGACAUCGCGAAGGCAACUGUUGCGUGGAAAGGCCUGAAGGUUACUGUCAAGCUUGCGGUGCAGAACAGACAGGCGACCGUCGAGGUCGUCCCUUCGGCCUCCUCGCUGAUCAUCAAGGAGCUUAAGGAGCCGCCGAGAGACCGCAAGAAGGUAAAGAACAUCAAGCACAGCGGCAACCUGUCUUUGGAGCAAGUCUUCACCAUUGCCCGCACGAUGCGAUCGAAGAGCCAAGCGUGCGAGUUCUCUGGCACCGUUAAAGAGAUCCUCGGCACCUGCAACUCGGUCGGCUGCACGGUUGAUGGGAAGAGCCCGAAGCAAGUGCAGCGGAUGCUGGACGAUGGCGAGAUUGAGUGCCCCGAGGCGUAA